UGCGGUGUGAUGAGAAGUGUGAGCGUGUAAACAUAAGAAAUUCGUGUGUGUCACACAUGUGUGAUAGUUUUCUAAAAUUUUAGAAAACAAGAUAGUGUGACACACAUGUGUGAUAGUGUAAACGCUUGCAUCAUGCACGUAGUGUAUUUUUUCAGUCGAUAAGCAAAAAUUGGAGAGUAAUGGCAUCGCGGGCAAACAAGGAAAUUUGGAAGGAGUUCUUCGAAGUAUAUCGAAGCUAUCCAGAAAUCUGGAAAAUUAAAAGUGAAGAAUAUAAAAAUAAAAUAAAAAAGAAUGCUGCCUAUGAAACACUUCUGGAAAAAUAUAAGGAGAUAGAUCCAAAAGCAACUGUGGAAAGUUUGAAAUAUAAAAUAAACUCAAUUCGCUCAUGUUAUCGACGCGAACUAAAAAAAUUAAAGCAAAGUGAGAAAUCUGGAGCAGGAGUUGAUGACGUAUAUGUGUCAUCUUUGUGGUACUUUGAUGAUCUAUCAUUCUUGGAAGAACAAGAAACACAGAGGACUGGUUUGUCAUCAAUAGAAAAUGAAGAACAUGAGGACACUACUUUCGAAGACAAUGCACCUGCCGCAAAAAAAGCCAAAACAGAAUUUGGUAAAAAAGAAAAAGAAGAGUUGCUUAAGAAAGCAGUCAAAGCUUUAGAAGAUUCGACGCGGCCAAAUGACGAUGCGAGUACCUUCAGUUCGACUUGGGAAGUCCUGUUCAGGAAACUUGACCCUACUCAACAAUUAUUUGCGAAUAAAACAAUUAUGGAGGUGUUGUACCAAGGAGCUUUGGGUCAGUUGAACGAAAACUCCCAUCAAUUGUUCAACGUACCAAACACAAGAUGUUCAUCAAGACCUCUUUCUUCUAGCGACAACUCGUCCACAUGUUUUGAUAAGCGAACAAUGCAAAAUCGUGCAUCAACACCUUUUUUUUAUAGCGACAACUCGUCCACAUGUUUUGUUGCAAGUACAGUGCAAAAUCGUCCGGAAUACAUUAUUUCUCCCCCACUUCCGAGUCCAACGCAAUUGAUAUCUACUCCUGCAUCUCAAGUUCAGUACACCAGAUUUCAUAGCACAGUUCAGCCACAGCAAUAUCAACAAAUUUCCAGCAUUAAUAUACAACCACAGGAAACCAUAAAUACUCAACAAUACGGAAACAACACAGAAUAUCGGACAUUUUCGGACUUGCUAAACGACUCUGAAUAUUCUUAAGCAAACUUUUAUUUUUAUUUUUUAAUGAUUUCAAGAAAUAUUUUAUUUUUGUUAUGUCAGUUUUCAUGCAAUAUACUUACUGAAAUAAAAUCUUUAAGAACUUUAAUCAACGC